AUGCAAGCUAAGGCACUGAUCCUGCUGUCGUUGGCGACACUCGCAUUGGCAGCUCCGAGUGACAAAAACGAAGACCCGAAACCCAAGAGCAAACGAAGUUUCGCGGAAAGUAGCUACGGCUACGGACACGGCGGUGCCAGCGCUACUUUCGGCUCCGCAGGAAUCAGUCACGGAGGUUUGCACGCGGUGUUCGGGACGCCAGGACACGCUGCCUUCUCGGCGCCUGCAAUAGGACACGCCACGUUCGCUGUCCCGCCUGUAAAUCUGGUUGCACCUCCUGCAGUCAUUAACCACGGAGUUCAUACCAAUACUAUCGUCACUAAGCACGUGCCUGUUGCCGUGCCACAACCCAUUGCCGUGCCCGUCGAAAAACACAUCCCUUACCCUGUCAUUCAGAAGGUCGCCGUUCCAAUAAAUCGUCCAUACCCAGUCGCUGUGCCCAAGCCCUACCCAGUCGAAGUUACCCGCACUGUACAUGUUCCAGUCGACCGUCCAGUGCCAGUACCAGUCCAUGUGCCAGUAGUCAAGCAUGUUCCUUCUCCAUACCCAGUCAAAGUUCCGGUGCCUAUUCACGUGCCAGUAGUUAAGCAUGUGCCAUACGCGGUUCACUCGAAACCCAUCCUUAUAGAAAAAUUCAGCAGCAGUGGCUGGAACGCUUGGUAA